CCUCUGGACUGUGCCCUGCUCACUCAAACAAGCUGGAAGUGCUGGGCAAGCUCAGUCCAGCCAUGAGCGAAUGAGGGGAUCAGAGGAGUGGGGAGCAGACUGAAGAUCUUCCAACCUAUCCCAAACCUGCUUUCCUGGAGCCAGCCUGAAGGCUAAGCAGGUGAGUACCAGCUGUCUAAAAAGUGCUGAAUGUUGUGACCUUUUCAUCAUUCCUUUUGUGCUUUAUCAUCUUGAGUCUUGAAAUUCCCACUUUAAGCAGUGAAUCCUGUAUCCCGUCCUGUUGAUUGACUGUUGAUGUGCUGGCAUCCAGGAUGGAGAGAGUAGAAAGUGAUACCCUCGUGGAUGAGGUGGAGGAGAUGAGUGGAAGAGCUUCUCCUCCUCUGUCCUCAGCCAAUGUGACUCUGGACCCAGACACCGCCAACCCCUUCCUCAUUCUGGCCAGUGACCAGCGAGGAGUGGGACGGGGGUACGAGUGGACCUUGCUGCCCAACAACCCCGAGCGGUUUGACACGGAGCCAUGUGUGCUGGGCAGCCAGGGCUUUGCUGUGGGGAGACACUGCUGGGAGGUGGAGGUGGCCGAGGCAGGGGACUGGUGGGCUGUGGGAGUGGCCCAGGAGUCUGUCAGGAGGAAGGGAGUCCUCAAUUUUACGCCCCAGGAGGGGAUCUGGGCCGUGGGGCAGUGGUUUGGACAGUACCAUGCUUUCAGUGAUCCUGACUGGAUCCCCCUGCACCUUACCUGCCUCCCCAGGGCCAUCCAGAUCUGCCUGGACUUCACAGACAAGCAGGUGACUUUUGCUGAUGCUGAAAGUAAAGCCCCAAUCUUUGCUUUCUGCCUGGACUUGUGUGCUGGGGAGAGGCUGCACCCAUGGCUCUGGGUGGGGAUGGACUCGUGGCUCAAGCUGUGCCCCUGACAGGGAGGGAACAUGGGGGGGCAGGGGAGAGUCUGGAAAGGCAAAUGCCAUCACUUUGGGUCUUGGUGCUGGGAACUGGGAGGGUCCUGCAUCCUGUUGGCUUCUCCUCACAUGGAUCCCCUGGCCACCAAGGGGAGGACUGGCAGCUCAUGGAGGUGGACACCACAACAGAGCCUCCUUCAUCUCCCCACCCCUCAGGUGGGACUGCAGGGGGCACAGGGAGCACAGAGACUUGGUGCAGGGAGGGGCUUGGUUCCCGGUGGUCCCAUGGCAGGAACCACCACUGAGUGCCAGGCACUGCAGAGCUGCUCUGUACGGAGCCAUGGAAAAUAUAGCAGGGUCCACCUCCUCCAAGGGUGCUGGAGUAGUGCCUCUGGCUUUUUUCAAGUAAGUUAAAAAAACCCAAACAUAGCUGGAUACUCAUGAUAACACUUAUCUUCCCCACACAUCCAGAGCCUCUCCUUGCCUGAUGUGCACCAAGGACAUUUCUUGCAGCAGAGCACUGGUAGCAGUGCAGGGGCAGCAGUAGGGGCAGCCCAGGAAGGAAAGCACAAUGCUGAGCUGUGUCUGAAAUCCACAGGAGAGGCAGUUCCCACAGAUCCGUCAUUCUCUGAUCUCACCCCAUCAAGAUCCCACUUCACAGGAUCCUGCUAAAUCCUGUCCUUAGGAGAGAAGGUGGAUGUAGGUGAAGAGGGACAUUGCCUGGAUCCAGCCUAGAUUUCAUCUCCUAACACUUUUCUGGUUGGACCUUCUUUAGUGCCGCCUCAGUUGUCAUUGUUGUGAUGGCAUCUGGGCACAGGCAACAGUAUUGGUCUCCCUGCUCUACCCCAGGAGCUGCAAAGAGUUGCAGCGCUGGGUAAAGCCCAGGUAUCUGCCCCCAGAGCUCUGCCCUAAGGCUCUUCUGCUGCGGCAGCACCAAGACUGGGGAAACCCAGGGAUCUCUGCUCCCAGUGAGGCACUUCCUACUCUCCAUGGGCAGGAGCCUCUGAGACUGUCCUGGUUUUGGUUGGGGUAGAGUUAACUUUCCUCUCAGUAGCCAGCACAGUGCUGGGUUUGGGAUUUAGGGUGAGAAUAAUAUUGAUAGCAACAACCAAACCAAAUCAGUCAUGGGGUGUUUACCCAAGCCAAGGACUUCUCAGUGUCUCAUGCUGUGCCAGCGAGGAGCUGCACAAGAAGCUGGGGGCAGCACAGCCAGGACAGCUGACCUGAACUGGCCAGGGGGAUAUUCCACACCAACAGAACGUCCUGCCCAGUGUGUAAACUGGGGGAGCUGCCCGGGAGGGGCCAAUCACUGCUGGAGGACAGGCUGGGCACAGAUGAGUGAGUGGUGAGCAACUGUAUUGGGCAACACUUGUUCCAUCUGGGGUUUGUAUUUGUUUUUUAUUACAAUUAUUAUUACCAUUAGUAUUAUUACAUAUUACUUUGUCUCAAUUAUUAAACUGCUUUUACCUCAAAUCGUUUUUUUCCCCCAUGCCCCUUGGAGUGUGGUGUGUGACUGAGUGGCUGUGCAGUGUUUAGUUGUCAGCUGUGGUUACACCAUGACAGAGGUUCACAGCAGAAGGUUGGUGUAUGGAGAUGGCAGAUUGUUAGUUCUGUAUUUUUGUCCUUUGUCAUGCAAAACACUCUGAAAGAGUUGAGAUGUGCAGUUAGGGAUACCUACCUCAAUCAAGAAGAAGAAAUUUCUUUCUGAAAGACAGUUCAGUCCCUCAGACUGGAGAAAAGUUGGGUUUUUUAACAGACUGCUGUCUGGAAAGCUCUUCACUGGAAUGUUAUGGUUUGGAGGGGGUAAAUGUGCUUUGGUUUCCUUUUUGAUGUGCCCCACAAAAAUUACAUUAAAAAAAUCAGCUUUCUGGGAGCUGAGUUGCAUAGUUGCAGCAUUUGUGUGAGAAAUACACAAUUUCAUGUAGAAUUGCACCACAAAGACUUGAGGGACUUUAAAUUCAGCUCUCAUGUGCUAGAGAUGUCUGCAUGCUGGAGCCACAACGGAUAGGAAGGCUUAAGGAACACCAGGGUCCUUGAGCAAGGCCGGACCCACAUGGGCUCUGAGUGGUUUUGGAGAAACAACUGGGGCCAGGAGGUUUGUCCCAAACCCAGCGUGGACACAGGCAGCACAUCAUGGCAGUGACUGCUGCCUCCUCAACCAGUGCCUGGACAUGGAGGCCACAGGGCAACUCCCAAGCUCCC